AAGAGCAACUGCGCCGAAAAGCUCUUCUAGAUUCUGAUAGCUCCGCAGUUGCACAAUAAAGUAAUUUGGGAGUUUAUAACCCAAUGCGUAGUGAUAAUGGAGACUCCUUAUACAAAUCACAUUAAACGGGACGAAUACGAGUUUGUUUACGAACCCGCUGAAGACACAUUCCUGCUUCUCGAUGCCCUUGAGAAAGAUUUGCCAUACAUUGAACGCUUAUCACCACAAAUUUGCUUAGAAAUAGGAUCAGGAAGCGGCGUCAUUAUCACCGCUCUGUCUAAGAGACUACGAAAUACUUUAUGUUUAGCCACUGAUAUAAAUCCAUAUGCAUGUCAAGUAACAAGACGCACUAGUUCCCACAAUCAAGGCUACGUUGACGUGGUCAAUACCAAUUUCACGCAAGGAUUGCGUGUUAGAAACAUUGACUUGCUACUCUUCAAUCCUCCAUAUGUUGUCACAGACACGGAUGAAUUAAAUAUGCUAUCUCUCAAAAUUGGGGAUGCAGAGGAGAACAUUACAAAGAAUCAAUUAGUUCGGUCAUGGGCUGGUGGGAAAAAUGGCCGCGAGAUAAUCGAUGCCUUAUUCAAGAAUCUGGACCAGAUGCUUUCUCGACGUGGAGUUUUAUAUUUAUUAGUUCUAAAGGAAAACCAACCGAAUGUAAUCGAACAAAAUUUGAAUUCAAUUGGAUUCAAUGUUGAGAAUUUUAUGGAUCGGAAAAUACCUGGUGAACAUUUGUACGUUUUAAAAAUUACUCGUAAGAAAGGAAAGGAUGAUGAAUAAAAUGUUUUCUCUUUA